GAGCGAGGGAAGAGACCGGUCAGUGUCGGUGUGAGUGUGGUGGCGUGUGGUGGUGCCGCUCUGAGCUCUGCCUUCCCUUGACUGGGCGGCCGCCGGGGGAUAACGCCACUCUGCCCCCCAAGACAGCCUGCUUGUUUGCUGUCCAGGAUGCCGAGACGGGCGCCUUCCCUCAGUGUGGUGGCUGUGGUGGUGAUGGUGGCGCAAGGGUGGCUACUCUCCCCUACCUCGGCCUCCCUCUUCGGUGACGCCAGCGCCCUCCCCAACAAAGACACGCUGGACGAGGUGGACCUGCUGCAGGCCAUCGCUGUACCCUUCGCUGACCCGUCCACCCAGUACUUCGUCACCGGAUUCGACGGCUUCCCGGCCUUCGGGUUCAAGGUUGGCGCCAGCAUCAAACACCCGUAUCGACUCUUCAUUCCCGUCAGACUCUACAGGACAUUUUCGAUACUGAUCGCCCUGAAGCCCGACACAGACAGCCCGAUGUUCGCCUUCGCCGUCACCAACCCGUUGGAGAACAUCAUCCAGCUGGGCGUGGGCUUCGCCUCGGCCGAGCGGGGCCGGACCAACGUGUCCCUCUACUACACUGACGGCGAGCGGCACAUGACCUCCCAGACCAUCGCCUCCUUCAUCGUCCCGGAGUUUGUGGGCUCUUGGAGCAGGCUGGCCUUCAGCGUCGGGGAGGACAACAUCCAGCUGUGGUACAACUGUGAACUCUUCAGCGACAUCUUGGUCAAGCGGGUGCCUCUCCAGCUGGUCUUCGACUCCGCCUCCACCCUCUACAUCGGCCAGGCCGGAGGCAUCCUCAAGGGGGAGUUUGAGGCCGACAUGGAGAACGACCAAGAGUCUCCACUGCCGCCCUUCGAAGGCUCAGGAGAGGAUGAUAUGGACGGCAUGCCCCCGCCGCCGCCAAUGCCGCCCUUGCCGCCGCUUCCCCUGCCACCAGGGCGACGGAGGAAAGGGUUCCCGCACCAGGGCCCCAAGGGCGAGAAGGGCGAGGCUGGCCUACAGGGACCCCCUGGAAAGUCGGUAGCAGGCCCCCCAGGGCCCCCUGGCCCCCCUGGCAGAGCAUACAGUCCUGACAUGCCUGAUUAUGGCUCUGGUGAUGGAGAGAACGACAUGUCGGUGCAGUUUGGCGAGGGAGCGCGAGGCCCUCCUGGACCCCCGGGAGAGUGUACCUGCAACGUGACCACACUGGUUGCCAACGUCCUGGCAAAGUUGCCCAAGGGACUCCCUGGCCCCGAAGGUCCCGCAGGAAGAGACGGAGUCCCCGGGACCCCAGGUACAUCGGGGCAGCCAGGACCUCCAGGGGAACGCGGUCUCGAAGGACCCUCGGGCAGUAAAGGAGACAGAGGAGACCCUGGCAGCCCAGGCCCAGAGGGAAUGCAGGGCCCUAAAGGCGAGUCUGGUGUAGAUGGGGCCCCAGGGCUUCCAGGAGAGCGGGGACCUCAGGGCCCACCAGGACCCCCAGGCUGGGGCAAUGCUGGCUUCGAUCCUAUGUGGAAACCUCGCACCAUGUUCAAGGUUGAUGGUGGUCUAGCAGUGGCACCAGCCCGACCAGGGACACCAGGGACGCCUGGGGAGAAGGGAGAGCAAGGUGCUCCAGGCCCUCGAGGCAGUCGGGGCUACCCAGGCGCCAAGGGGGAGAGAGGCAACACUGGCAGAAAGGGAGACAAGGGAGAGAGGGGACUCCCAGGACUGGAUGGAAACUCUGGGCCCAAGGGCGAGCCAGGAGCACCAGGAAUGAAUGGAGCACCAGGGCCUCCAGGGUUUGAUGGAGUGGCAGGCCAACAAGGUGCUCAAGGCAAGAAAGGUGAGCGAGGCGAGCCAGGCAUUGGGCAGCAAGGGCCACCUGGCACUCCAGGAGGACUCACUGAUGAGGACCGCAGAAUUAUUAUUGACCAGCUGAUUGGUACCCUGGAGGGCAAAGCGGGUGGUGACGCUAGCGGAGGAAGUGGCAUCAACCUCUUUGACAGUGCUGAUGGCGUGUCCUGGCUUUCAGUUGGCGAUGAUGAGGAUUUCAAGUUGGAGGGAUCGGGACUGGUGGAGUACAAACCUUUCUUGCCCAAGGCUGGCUCUGGGCUCCUGGGACAACCAGGACCCCCAGGACCUCCAGGACCCCAGGGGCUGCAAGGAAUGCCAGGACUCACAGGGGCCACAGGAAAACACGGGGAGGUAGGGCCUCCUGGAUUGCCGGGAGAGCAGGGACCUCCUGGAUUAAAGGGGGAACCUGGCAUGGCUGGUGAAGCUGGACCUGCUGGUCCUAUUGGUCCAGUUGGUCCAUCAGGAGUGAAGGGAGACACCGGACCCCCUGGCCCACCUGGACCCAUCACGACUGUGGUCCAGCCAGAUGGCACUAACAUUACCAUUGUCAAGGGUGCCAAGGGUGAACGAGGAAAACGAGGCAAGCGAGGUCGUCGCGGUAAGCCUGGGCCUCCCGGGUCCAUUGGUGACCUGGGCCUGCCGGGAUGGCCGAAUGACACGGACAUCGGAUCACCAGGGCGUCCAGGCCCCCCAGGACCUAUGGGCAUCGGGCAGAAAGGGGAGCCAGGCCCUCCAGGACCUGCAGGCAGCAGUAGCUUUCUCAAUGGCAUUCUAGGUGGCAGUGAUUCUGACACACCUACAGUGCUGGGUCCACCAGGGCCACCUGGACCACCAGGUCCAAUUGGCCCUGAGGGCCCUCCUGGGCCUCCUGGUCCAUCUGGUAGAUUACAUGAGGGUGAGAACCAGAUGUAUAUCCCUGUUCCUGGGCCACCUGGACCACCUGGACCACCAGGUCUACCAGGUACGCCUGGACUAUCCAUCGAGGGCCCUCCAGGACCCCCAGGGGAACCUGGCAUGUCCCGAAGAGGUCAUCCUGGCAAACAAGGACCUGCCGGCCUACCUGGUGGCAACAUGCCCGGUCCAAAAGCGGCCUCAGGCAGCCUUGGAGGCAUCGCUGAGCUCCGUCGGCGAAUAUCUGGCCGCCGCAGAAACAGAGGUCCUCCUGGUCCCCCAGGUCCUCCUGGCCAGUCAGCUGAUGGUGGAGGUCGGGGUGGGGCUUCCCACAGGAUUGUGCCUGGAGCUGUAACCUUCUCUGACAGAGAUGCAAUGCUCAAGAUGAGCUCAGUGUCACCCGUGGGUACGCUGGCCUUUGUUGUGGAGGAAGAGGCACUACUGGUACGUGUGGGUGCUGGCUGGCAGUAUGUUGCA